AUGCUCCGAGAGUCAUGUGACCUCCGUAAAGGGGUCAGCGCAGCUGUAGUUGUCGGAUUGGUCGGUUUAUUCCAGGCCAAUCCUGAAGAUCCUGUUGGCAGCAAUCUACGCAUAUCGGCAAGGGGUCUGAGGCCUAGUGACGAGGAGAAGCUUGUACUCUUCAAUAGCUGCUUAGAGCUUCAACAACAGUGGCUUGAAGGUAGCAAUAAAGAAAAAUUCUGGCAAAGCGUUGCUCAAAGAUUUGAGGCUUCAACUGGGCGUCAAUAUAGAUGGGAAUCAUGCCGUCGAACUGUCAACAACGAGGUCAAGCGACGCCGUGAAUAUUUGAAGUCGUAUGAGACUGGCAAAGCCAGUGAACCAAAGUCGGAUCUACAUGAGGCUAUUGACAUGUGGAUUGAGAUACUUGAUCAACGGGAUAUGAUAGUUUUAGCUUCACAAGCUAGUGCUGAACAGCGUCGACUUGAUGCUGCUGUCGAUGAUGAUUUCCGGCGCCAGUUUACAGAGAGAUUGGGCCAAUCACGCGUGAGAAACGAGUCAACUAUAAGCUCAACUACAAGCGCUACCGAGGAUACAGAGGAUUCAGAACGUCCAAAACGGCGGCGACGUACAAGAUUGAACGACGAGGAAGAUGCUAUGACAACUGCUCUAGUAGAUUUAACUAAAGCGGUGUCUGAGAGUCUUCUAACUACUUCACAAGAAAGCAAGGACAUGUCGACUGUGGUUGAAAAUAUUGAACGCCGUUUAGAACACUUAGAAGCAAAUUAUAUACGUACAAAUGAGCUUCUUGAGCGCUUGAUCUCCAAGCUAAACUAG